AUGAGUGAAGAAAACGACCCACUUUUAUCUGCCUUGAAUAACGAUCCACCACAACAGCCUAGAUCUACGAGAGACCUUAGAAAGGAAAAAGCGUUGAACCAAUUCAAGAGCAAGCUAAUUGAACAUAGAGAUUGGGACGCGCGUUUGAAGAAUUUAAGAUUGCAAAUAAGAGAUUUAGAGAAGGACUUCACAAAAACUGAAGAAGACAUCAAAGCCUUGCAAAGUGUCGGUCAAUUAAUUGGAACUGUUUUGAAACAACUAACUGAGGAAAAAUUCAUAGUAAAGGCAUCAUCCGGUCCAAGAUAUAUUGUCGGAUGUAGAAAUACUAUAAACAAAUCAAAAUUAAAACAGGGUGUCAGAGUCGCAUUGGAUAUGACAACGUUAACGAUUAUGAGAAUCUUACCCAGAGAAGUCGACCCUACCGUCUAUAAUAUGACCACUUUUGAUUCAGGAGAAGUAUCAUUUGAGGGAAUUGGUGGUUUAACUGACCAAAUACGGGAAUUAAGAGAGGUGAUUGAAUUGCCAUUGAAAAACCCAGAAUUGUUUCAAAGAGUCGGAAUUAAACCACCAAAGGGUGUCUUGUUGUACGGACCACCUGGCACCGGGAAAACGCUAUUAGCUAAAGCUGUUGCAGCUACCAUUGCAGCCAAUUUUAUCUUUUCUCCUGCUUCAGGCAUAGUUGAUAAAUAUAUCGGUGAAUCCUCAAGACUAGUCCGGGAAUUGUUUGGUUACGCCAAAGAACAUGAACCAUGUAUUAUCUUUAUGGAUGAAAUUGAUGCAAUUGGUGGCAGAAGAUUUUCUGAGGGUACAUCAGCAGAUCGAGAAAUUCAAAGAACUCUAAUGGAAUUAUUAAAUCAAAUGGAUGGUUUUGAUUAUUUGGGGCAAACUAAAGUUAUCAUGGCAACUAAUAGACCCGAUACUCUAGAUCCUGCAUUGCUAAGAGCUGGUAGAUUGGAUCGUAAAAUUGAGAUCCCUUUGCCAAAUGAGGUUGCAAGAUUGGAUAUUUUCAAAAUCCAUACACAAAAUGUGGCCAAAAAGGGAGAAUUUGAUUUUGAAGCAGCAGUUAAAAUGAGCGAUGGCUUCAAUGGUGCAGAUAUUAGAAACGUUAUAACCGAAGCAGGAUUUUUUGCCAUUAGAAGUGAUAGAGAUUAUAUCAUUCAAGACGAUAUUAUGAAAGCAGUUAGAAAAGUCUCAGAAACAAAGAAGCUUGAAGGCAAAUUAGAAUAUAAAAAGUUAUGAGUAUAGAUAUAUGUCAUUUAAUAUAACUUAGUAUAAUUUAAGUUUUACUUUUAAUUGGUAAUUGAUAAUUGCCAAUUGAAAAAUACCAUUGUAAUCCUUAUUUAGUUAUAUGAUAUAAUAUAUAUUAAAAUGAGAAUAAACCUAGAAAAAAAACAAAAAGAAGAAGAAAGGAUAAAAAGAAGAAAAGACAAAAAGC